UAAAUGGAAAGAGAAGUCCACAAAGCAACUAGUUUUCAACAACCACCCACUCCAUCUUAUAUUCCACCAUUAUCAAAUUACUUCUCUCCCUCCCUUCUUUUCUCUUCAACUUGAGGAUUGUGGCUUUGGGUUGUUAAAAGAAAAUUAACAAAAAAGAAGAAGAAAAGUGAGAAAUGCAGAUAGCUGGAGUAACAAGUGAGGUGUUGGUGGCAGUCCCAUCAGCUGGAACCCUCACUUUCAGACACUUCCAUUCCAACAACUUCUUCCUUUCUUCUCCUUUCCUAAAAAGAUGUUCUUCAUUUUGCAUUCCAAAGUUAGGAAUGGCACCAGAUAAGUACCGAGCCAGAUACUUAACUAUGAGAGCCUCUGGAGAGUCAGAUGAUAGCUUGUCACCAAUUGCUCCUGUACAAUUUGAAUCUCCAGUUGGCCAGCUUUUGGCACAAAUAUUGAGAACUCAUCCACAUUUACUGCCUGCAGCCAUUGAUCAACAGCUGGAAAACCUUCAGAGUGAUAAAGAUGACCAGAAAGAGGAAACUACACCAUCUCAAGAUCUCCUCUACAAGAGAAUAGCUGAAGUUAAAGAAAAGGAGAGACGGAGAACAUUGGAGGAAAUAAUAUACUGCUUGAUUGUACAGAAAUUUGUUGACAAUGAGAUUUCAAUGAUUCCUAAGAUAAUGGCCACUUCAGAUCCUACUGGACGAGUGGACUUUUGGCCAAACCAGGAACAGAAACUGGAAUCCGUUCAUUCUCCUGAAGCAUUUGAGAUGAUACAAGGCCACUUGUCCCUUGUACUUGGAGACCGAGUGGUGGGUCCUCUCAGUACCAUUGUUGAAAUUAGCAAGAUCAAACUUGGAAAGCUUUAUGCUGCUUCUAUAAUGUAUGGAUAUUUUCUUAGAAGAGUUGAUCAACGGUUUCAACUUGAGAGAACAAUGAGAACUCUUCCUGAGGAUUUCAAUAAAGACCAAGCAAGAUUUGAGGAUCCAAAUCCAGGGAAGCAGAUGUGGGAUCCAGAUUCUUGGAUUAGGAUCCCACCCGAUGAUGACAAUGAUGGUGAUGGAGGAGGAUACAUGGAUACCCUUGAAGGUAAAUCAUAUAGACUGAGAUCCUAUGUUAUGUAUUUGGAUUCUGAAACACUCCAGAGAUAUGCCACCAUAAGAUCCAAGGAAGCUAUUUCUUUGAUUGAAAAGCAGACUCAAGCACUAUUUGGGAGGCCUGACAUUCGGAUUCUUGAUGAUGGUUCACUUGAUACAUCAAAUGAUGAAGUGGUUUCUAUCACAUUCACUGGGUUGACAAUGCUAGUCCUUGAAGCUGUAGCAUUUGGUUCAUUCCUAUGGGAUGCAGAGAGCUAUGUUGAAUCAAAAUAUCAUUUCCUUAAGAGCUAACUGGCAUCUUUGCAUUGGUUAUCUAAUGAUCGACGCUGGUAAAUUGUAAUGAUGGUCAAAAGUUCUUAUAUCACACUCAGGUUUUGAGGGUAUAUUGCCUUGUAACAUAGAAAAGGCUAAUCACACUGAGGCAUCUCAAGUCGACAAAACCUUGUGCUAAAUGUUGGGAAAAAGAUCAACCCUCACGUUGUUAAUAACACAUGGUAUGUUGACUUUAUAGGCAGAGCUGUACUGAUGAUUCUGAAAGUUUCAAGUCUUGUAAUUUUAUGCUCCGAUGGUCCAAAGAGGGGAAAUUAUUGGAGUACAAACUUGAAGCUGGAGGUUUUGCUGUUGGAAUCUCAUAAUUGCACAAUCCAUGUAAAGUGUCCUUCUAA